CUUAUCCUUCUUCUUCCUAUCUGAUUGCAUUGCGGAUUAUAAAUUUUCUCAUUUAUUUCUCCUACCCUUUUGUAUUUUUGUUCGUUUCCCCAUCUCUUUCUUGAUCUUCUCCAUUCUUACCAUUUUAUAAUAUCAGACGAGCUAUAAGUAUGAACGGGUCUGAGAGGCAAUCGGUUGAGCCUGCUGGUAUGACCAGCAGUGCGGAUCGCAUGGUGGGCAUGGACCACGCUGAAGUGCGUUACUUUACCAGGUAUGACCAUCACGGAAUCCAUGAGGAAAUGCUUAAAGACGAUGUUCGCACGAGAUCGUACCGCGAUGCCAUCUACCAGAACCGCCAUGUCUUCAAGGACAAGAUUGUGCUCGACGUUGGGUGCGGAACCGGCAUCCUCAGCAUGUUCGCCAUCAAGGCCGGUGCGAAGCAUGUAAUCGGCGUGGAUAUGUCCUCGAUCAUCGAAAAGGCUCGCGAGAUUGUCGCUGCCAACGGAAUGGCCGACAAGAUCACCCUGCUCCAAGGAAAGAUGGAAGAAGUCGUCCUGCCUUACCCCAAGGUUGAUAUCAUCAUCUCUGAGUGGAUGGGCUACUUCCUUCUCUACGAAAGCAUGCUGGAUACCGUCCUUUACGCCCGUGACCGCUACCUCAACCCCGGUGGCAAGAUCUUCCCCGACAAGGCCACCAUGUAUCUGGCGGGCAUUGAGGAUGGCGAGUACAAGGACGACAAGAUCGGAUUCUGGGACAACGUGUACGGAUUCGACUACUCCCCGAUGAAGGAGAUCGCCCUCACCGAGCCUCUGGUCGAUACCGUCGAGAUGAAGGCUUUGGUCACUGACCCUUGCCCCAUCAUCACCCUUGAUCUCUACACCGUUACCCCUGCCGAUCUCGCGUUCCGGUCGACGUUCUCGCUGCCUGUCAAGCGCAGCGACUUCGUUCAUGCCGUCAUUGCUUGGUUCGAUAUUGAAUUCGGUGCUUGCCACAAGCCCAUCACCUUCUCCACCGGCCCUCAUGCCAAGUACACGCACUGGAAGCAGACUGUAUUCUAUUUGCGUGAUGUCCUCACCGUCGAGGAAGAGGAAAGCGUGACUGGUGUGAUCGAGAACAAGCCCAACGACAAGAACAAGCGUGACCUGGACAUCAGCCUGUCUUACAAGCUUGAGACCACAGACCCUACUCGUACCUCGGAGGGUAGCUGUUUCUUCAGGAUGUGCUAAAUCCUUACAAAUAUUGGGGAUCUACGAUCCCUCUCCGAUUUCACGUUAUGUCAGUACAUGGAAUGGAUCUCACGUGGCAGCAUAGCAUCGGCGGAAACUUACCUGGAUGGAUCUUGGGUUGCGGGAAGAUCUCGACUUUUGCACUAUUCUAGUUGAUUUUUUUUCUUGUUCUUUUGUGAGAUUUUUGUUCCGGCGUUGUUUUUUGUGGAAGUCAGGAACGGCAUCAUGAUUCGGCGCGAUGGUACGGAGAGAUGAUUUCCUGAACAGACGUUUAUGAAGCUCCUCGAAUUUUCCAAGUAGAUACCCCGAGUCGACGCUCAGUCCCAGCACCGAUGCUUGCCUUGUGCUUUGUUUCCAGAAAAAUUCACUUGCUAGCUAUCAC